AUAUAUUUUCAAAACAGGUGGUUAUAUCGGAUCCGGCCAUCAGUUAUUCACAGCCCAUUCAAAGCAUACAAUGGAAGUAACCUAACCUCCAAUUGGGACCAAAUUGAACCGACACCUAAUCAGUUGCGAUGGAAUCCAUUCAAACUACCCGAAGAUAAUAAUAAAGUGGAUUUUGUGGACGGUUUGAACACCUUAUGCGGUGCCGGAGAUCCGAGGGCUCGCAACGGAAUCGCUGUUCAUAUUUAUGCCAUCAAUAGUCCGAUGAAAGACAAGUGUUUCUACAAUUCUGACGGAGAUUUCCUUAUUGUCCCGCAAACGGGAAAACUGUUUAUAACCACAGAAUUCGGAAGAAUGGAAGUCUCGCCCAACGAGAUCUGUGUUAUUCAACAGGGAAUCAAGUUCUCGGUGGACGUCAACCAGCAAUCCCGGGGUUAUGUCCUCGAAGUGUACGACAAUCACUUUGUUUUGCCUAAUUUAGGGCCCAUUGGAGCCAACGGUUUAGCAAAUCCAAGAGAUUUCUUAACACCGACCGCUUAUUAUGAGGACAGACUCUGCGACUAUAAAGUUGUCAAUAAGUUUAUGGGAAAGUUAUUUGUGGCACAACAACAGCACAGCCCGUACGAUGUGGUCUCUUGGCAUGGAAAUUAUGCACCAUAUAAAUAUGACCUCGCUAACUUUAUGGUCAUUAAUUCUGUCUCAUUCGAUCACGCUGAUCCAUCAAUCUUUACAGUACUCACGUGUCCAUCGGUUAAGCCGGGGGUUGCGAUCGCAGACUUUGUAAUAUUCCCGCCCCGUUGGGGAGUGUCUGACCACACACACACACACACACACACACACACUCAAUCGCUCGCUUAA